AGUGGAGCUGAACGGUAUCGCAUCUACAGGCGAACCUGCUCCAUGACGCGGAGUCAUUGUCUGCCGAGCAAGCAAUAGGGAGAUAUGACGGAAAGUGUUACUGUGACGGUGGCUCAAGGCGCUCUACGAGGCCGCGAAGGGACGUCUAAGUGUCAGAAAGUAUACUACAGCUUCCAGGGCAUACCAUAUGCCAAACCUCCUGUUGGAUUUCUCCGUUUCAAGGCGCCACAGCCUCCUGAGGCAUGGGAAGGAAUUCGCGAUGCCUCAGAAGAGGGCGCUGUCAGCCCGCACGUCCAGACCCUCCUCAACGAAGGAUACAAAGGAGACGAAGACUGUCUGUUCCUCAACGUCUACACUCCACAGCUUCCAUCAGGCGAUGAUGGCCCGCUGAAAGCUGUCAUGGUCUACAUUCACGGAGGUGGCUUCAUUUCUGGUUCGGGCACUGCUGAAUUCUACGGACCUGAUUACUUCCUUAGCGAGGACGUGGUUGUGGUCACCCUGAAUUACCGGCUCGGAGCUCUGGGAUUCUUGAGCACUGGAGACUCGGUGGUUCCCGGUAACAACGGCCUGAAGGACCAAGUGAUGGCUCUGCGCUGGGUUCAGCAGAACAUUGCGCAGUUUGGGGGCGAUCCUGGUAACGUCACCAUCUUCGGGGAGAGCGCUGGGGCCGCCUGCGUGCAUUAUCACAUGUUGUCCCCAAUGUCAGAAGGUCUGUUCUCCCGCGCCAUCGCUCAAAGUGGCUGUGCACUCAACCCGUGGGCAUUCAACACAAGAUCAGAGGCUCGCAGGAAAGCCUUCCGAUUCGGGGAAACACUUGGCUGCAAAACGAACGAUUCUAAAGAACUGGCUCAAUUCCUGAACGCCGUUCCAGCACAGCAGCUUGUUGAAGGGGUGUCAGAGGCCAUGACAGAGGUGGAAAGAGACCUUGGAACAGUGUUCUUCAAGCCAACUGCGGAAGUGGAGAACCAAGAUGUUUUCCUUCCGGCUGAACCCGCUGAUCUCAUCACGCUUGGAAAAUUUCAUGAAGUGCCUUUUUUAACUGGAGUAAACUCAAGUGAGGGCCUUCUCUGCCUCAGAGAGGUAAUGGCAAAACCAGCAGUGCUGAAGAAAUACGACAAUGAUUUUGAAAUAUUAUUGCCUUCAAAUUUGAAUCUCGAAAGAAAUACACCUAAAUCUAAGGAAGCGGCCCAGAAAAUAAAGAGCUUCUACUUUGGGGACCAGCCAGUUUCACAGGAGACGCUAAGCCAAUAUGUAGACCUGAGCAGUGACGCGUGGUUUGUGACCGGCGUUCAUACGACAGCGAAGCUGCACGCUGCGCGCUCUGGUGCCCCUGUCUACUUGUACCAGUUCUCAUUCGAUGGAGAGCUUGGCUUCAUGAAGAGGAUUCUUGGAGCUUGUCGCUUCCCAGGGGUAUGCCAUGCCGAUGAACUCGGAUAUCUGUUUUUCUCACCUCACUUGGACGUAGAGUUGGAAGGAACUCCAGAAGAGAAGAUGAGGUCACUGCUAGUCAAAAUGUGGACCAACUUCGCUAAAACAGGGAAUCCGUCCCUGCCAGACGUGAAGUGGGAGUCAGUUACUGAGUCGAACCCAUGCUACUUGAAUAUCGGCACUGAGCUCACCAUGCAGCCACAUCUGAUGAAAGACAGGAUGACUUUCUGGGAUGAACUCAAACAAACCCUCAUAUCACUGCGAGCGAGGUGGUGUAAACCAUUGCUGCUAUUGUCACUGCAAAGUGAAGGCACUGAAAUCAAUAUGAAUGGGACCGCUGUUGUCACAACCAGACAAGGCAAACUGAGGGGCAAAAGGGUUAUGACAGCCAAUGGAGUCGCAUACUACAGUUUCAAAGGCAUCCCUUAUGCUAAACCUCCUAUUGGAGCAUUGAGGUUUAAGGCCCCGCAGGAGCCGGAACCGUGGCUUGGCGUGCGUGACGCCCUAGCUGAUGGAGCGCCGUGUCCGCAAAUAGACGAAGUGUUUAAGGAAGACUACAAGGGUGACGAGGACUGCUUAUUCCUAAACGUUUAUUCGCCUCAAAUACCAAGUUGGGCGAAGUGCACACUAAGAGCUGUUAUGGUGUGGAUCCACGGAGGGGCCUUCUGCUCCGGCAGCGUCUGCACCAGCGUCUUUGGCCCACAGUUCCUUAUCGAGAAGGACGUGGUCCUGGUGACCAUGAACUACCGGCUCGGAGCUUUGGGGUUCCUGAGCACUGGAGACUCCGUUAUUCCCGGUAACAACGGCCUAAAGGACCAAGUGAUGGCUCUGCGUUGGGUGCAGCAGAACAUUGCGCAGUUUGGAGGUGAUCCUGACAAUGUCACCCUCUUCGGUGAGAGCGCUGGAGGAACUUGUGUUCAUCUCCACCUUCUGUCUCCGAUGUCAAAAGGUCUGUUCCACCGCGCAAUCGCACAGAGUGGGUCCUCUCUAAACCCGUGGAGUUUUGACAGAAAGCCUCGUCUCAGGGCGUUUAGCUUCGGAGAGGCCCUGGGGUUCAAGACGGAUGAUUCCCAGAAGCUGGCUGAUUUCCUGCGUACAGUUCAUCCGAAACUGCUUAUUGAGGCUGUACCACAAGCCAGGAAAUUCGAACCGGAACGGGACCUAGGAAUUACAUUCUUCAAACCGACCAGCGAGCCUAGAACUUCCACCGAAGAUGUGUUUCUGCCAGACCGUCCCGAAGUUCUAAUGGCAGCCAGGAAGUUCCACAAGGUGCCUCUCAUAACUGGUGCAGUGGAAAAUGAAGGGAUAUUUGCAGUCAAAGAGGUGAUAGAAAAGCCAUCACUGAUAAGCCGUUUCAAUGGACGUUUCGAGUUACUGGUUCCGAAAGAAUUGAAUUCUAAGAAAAAUCCAGACAAGUACCAAGAAGAUGUUGGCAGGAUAAAGAAGUUCUACUUCGGAGACGAAGCUAUAUCCAGGCAAAAUCUUGAGCGCUAUAUCGCAAUGAAUGGAGACAUAAUGAUCCUGAAUGGCGUCUACAAGCAAGCGAAGAUACAUUCAGCGCUCUCAUCGGCGCCCGUCUACUUCUACAUCUUCACCUUCGAUGGAAAGAGAGGGCUCAUGAAGAGGGCUGUUGGGGGCAGUCGAUUUCGAGGACCGUGUCAUGGUGACGAACUGCCGUAUAUUUUUCACGUCGACAUGCUGAGAAAGAUGGACCCUAAAUCACCAGAAAUGCGAACCGUGGAGCGGAUAGUCAGACUGUGGACUAAUUUUGCGAAAACAGGGAACCCAACUCCAGACGGUGAUUCGCUACUGCAAAUAAAAUGGCGUCCUGUCACCACUUCAGUUUUUCCAUGUAUGAACAUCGGUCCUGCACUCAGAAUUGAUCAUUUUCCUGAAAUGAAGAAGAGAAUGGAAUUCUGGGAUGAUCUUGAUGAAGAAGUGUAGAUAUGGAAGGGUCCAAUUGAAAAGAACAACAUAAUUCUUCAUGAAGCCCAUCAAACUCGUCAUGGAGUAUGCAUAACUGGCUUAGUCGCCUGUUCCAGGAGCCUCCAUAUGUAGCUUGUCUCUCAUCCUUUCGUUCUAGUGCCUGCUUUGAUGUUAUGUCCUCAUUCUGCAGCCCUUCAUAAGUUAUUAUUACCUGCCCGGCAUUCCUUGAUGUGUGCCCUUUAUUGGGUUUAGUUUUGUAAGGCUCACCAAAGGGUGCAGAACAUUCAUUUGUCCCUGUUUCCAGUAUUUCGGGGUCCCUUUUCUUAAACAAUUAGACCUCGCUAAAAUAUUUCAAGAUUUCCUUUUCUUACCAUGUUAUGUACUUUUGAGGUUUCUGUUAACAUUUCUUUGUAGUAAUGUGUCUUAAUGUUAUUUACUGUGCUUUCUGAUAAGACUGCUAUUUCAUUUCUAUAUUUCCUGCCCUAAUUUCCUGCUGUUGCCAUAUGAAUCUUUGCUCACAGGACCUGUAGGACUUUCUUGGGUAGAUCAGGCUAUUGUGAAGCCUCUAUCUACGCAGGAAAAUGGUCUCAGAUCUACGCCACAAGAAGUAUUCGAAACUGCAACUCUGAGGGAGAGGGCGUACCAAGGAAACUGGCAACCGACACGCAACCCCAAUUCCCAAGAAUUGUUAUGAGCCUGACUUGAACACGUGUUACUAAAUGGAGCAACGCAACCCGCGGAAGGACUGUGAAACUCAACUUCCAGGCAACGGAGUAAGCCAGUCUUCUCACAGUUGCGUUGCCGCGUGGUUUCCUAGUAUCAGCCGUUCUUUAACGCGGUUCAAUGAUUAAUUUGUUUCGUACGAUGGCACGAAAGGUUGACGAAGCUGAUAAUUUUGUUUCUGUGCAGUUAAUUGAACAAGAGCCUGGUAUGCAUGACAGACGCCACCCAGACUGAGAAAACAGAUUUGACUUCGGAAAGAAUUUCUCAUGGGACGAAGGAGUCUGGAUCCAGGUCAAGUUGUUUCGAAACAAUGUAAACGCUUCAGUUUAAAUUGUCAGGAAGAACGGAUGCACCUAACGUUUUCUUUUCCUUAUAUUGUAU